GCUCACGUGGCCCACCCCGCUAGGGGAGAAGGGACCGGCGGGCAAUGGCCGGCUCCACGCUUUGGUUCUCGCUGCUGCUGGCGGCAGCGACCGCUGGGCCGGCGACGGCCCUAUGGCCUUGGCCCCAGUACAUCCAAACCUCCGACCAGCGCUACGCCGUUUUGCCGAAGAACUUCGACUUCCGGUACCACGCCGGCUCUGCCGCUAAGCCCGGCUGCUCCGUCCUCGACCAGGCCUUCCAACGCUACCGUCACCUGCUCUUCCACUCGGCGUCUGACUCCCCCACUGGCCGCACAGAAAAGCAAUACGCGGCAGAGAAGAAUACAUUGACUAUCUUUGUGGCCACCCCCGGCUGCCACCAGCUGCCUAGUUUGGAGUCAGUGGAGAAUUACACCCUGACCAUAAAUGAUGAGCAGUGCUUCCUUCUCUCUGAGACUGUCUGGGGAGCUCUCCGAGGUUUGGAGACUUUUAGCCAGCUUAUUUGGAGAUCUGCUGAUGGCACGUUCUUUAUCAACAAGACGGACAUUGUGGACUUCCCCCGCUUCCCUCACCGGGGCCUGCUGUUGGAUACGUCUCGCCAUUACCUGCCACUGUCUAGCAUCCUGGAUACUCUGGAUGUCAUGGCCUACAAUAAAUUCAACGUGUUCCACUGGCAUCUGGUAGAUGACCCUUCCUUUCCAUAUGACAGCGUCACUUUUCCUGAGCUUGCCAGAAAGGGCUCCUACAACCCUGUCACCCACAUCUACACAGUGCAAGAUGUGAAGGAAGUGGUUGAAUAUGCACGGCUCCGGGGUAUCCGUGUGGUGCCAGAGUUUGACACCCCGGGCCAUACUUUGUCCUGGGGAUUAGGUGUCCCUGGAUUGUUGACUCCUUGCUACUCUGGCUCUAAACCUUCUGGUACCUUUGGACCAGUGAACCCCAUUCUCAACAGUACCUAUGAGUUCAUGACCACAUUCUUCUUGGAGAUCAGCUCUGUCUUCCCAGAUUUUUAUCUUCACCUUGGAGGAGAUGAGGUUGAUUUCUCCUGCUGGAAGUCCAAUCCAGAUGUCCAGGCCUUUAUGAAGAAGAAAGGCUUUGGCGAAGACUUCAAACAGCUGGAGUCCUUGUACAUCCAGAUGCUGCUGAACAUCGUUUCUGCCUAUGGCAAGGGCUACGUGGUGUGGCAGGAGGUGUUUGAUAAUAAAGUAAAGGUUCAGCCAGACACGAUCAUACACGUAUGGCGAGAAGAGGCACCAGUAAACUAUUUGAAGGAGCUGGAACUGAUCACCCAGGCUGGCUUCCGAGCCCUGCUCUCUGCCCCCUGGUACCUGAAUCGUAUAACUUAUGGCCCUGACUGGAAGGAGUUCUACAUGGUGGAGCCCCUGGCAUUUGAUGGUAGCCCUGAGCAGAAGGCUCUGGUGAUUGGUGGCGAGGCCUGCAUGUGGGGCGAGUAUGUGGACAGCACAAACCUGGUCCCCAGGCUCUGGCCCAGAGCAGGGGCUGUUGCCGAGAGGCUGUGGAGCAACAGCCGCGUGACCGACUUGGAAUUUGCCCUCACACGUUUGACAAAUUUCCGUUGUGAGCUGCUGAGGCGAGGUGUCCAGGCACAGCCCCUCAAUGUAGGCUACUGUGAACAGGAGUUUGAACAGGCUUGAGCAAGCAGCCCCAGGUACCGAGGAGGGUGCUGGCCCUGGGACAGUGAUAGUGGAGCCAGGCUGGUGAGGCUUCCACUGUGUCCCAGCUGCAGGAUGGAGCCCGCUGCCCCCAUGCCCCCGUGCCUGGAGAGAAGGGGGCGAGUGCCGGUGCUGGCAUCCAAUAAAGAAUGAUGUGGCAUUUUUCUAUAAUGAACAUGGAUUAUCUGUGUUAAAAAAAAAAAUGAGGGGCCCUGGGAUGUAGGAGGUGCCAGGAUUGCCCUUCUACUCUUGAGAGUGAAAGGGCUCAGUAGAGCCCAGCCAGUCUGCCCCUGAGGGAUCCUGUAAGUUGAGGAUUGGGAGCGAGACCCAUAGUCUCUGUGCUGUCCUGCUUAGCCUGGGUUACGUAACUUGUCUCCCACCCCCAACACAUGGCCCAGACGUACACUUUAGCCCUAUCACUUCAGCAUCAGAACUGCAAGUACGUGGAACUCCAAGCAUUAGAACUCCAAGUACAUGGAACUUCCAAGUACAUGGAAGAAGACUAUAGGGGCCUGAAGGAGUUCUGGGCAGGGGCAAAGGUUCCAGCCCCAAUCUGUUCACAGAAGCCCCUCUCCCAUGUAUACGCCCACUAUUCCCCUCCUCUAGUGCUUUUCUCCUUUGGGUUCCUUGUUAAUUCAAUUUUAUGCAACCAUUAUUUAAAUCCAGAGUAAAUCUGGUGGUCUAGACACUGUGGUAGGUGUUAAGUUUGAAGAAUUUGGUCCUCAGAGGCCCUGAUCAAUUCCCAAUAUUGCAGACAACUUCCAUCAUCACCACCACACUCCCGCCCCGUUUCACCCCAUAGCAUCUCAGGGCACACCUGAGACCCUGAGAGCAAAGUCCCUGGGAGAAAAGGGGUUGGGCCUCAAAAGAGGCUUUGGACCUGUGACCAAUAGUCCCCCAGGAGGAAAGGUCUCAUUGUGGGCCCACACUGCCCCCUGGUGGAUUCCUGGGCAGACUAUUUGUGAUGGGGACUCCUUUGGCCAUUAUUUGCAAAGUUCUCUUGCCUGGUCCUGGGCUGGCACCAUAGUAGAGUGGUCCCAGGCAUUUCUUUCAGAAAACUUCCAGUCUGGUAGAUAGAGAAACUUGGGGAAGGCAGGGUUGAGAAAGGAACCAAAUAAAAUUUAGACCUUAAACUCCAUGCUUCAGUCCCUGUCUUAGUCAUCUAGUGCUGCUAUAACAGAAAUAUCAAUACCACAAGUGGAUGGCUUUAACAAAGAGAAAUUUAUUUCCUCACAGUCUGGUAGGCUACAAGUCCAAAUUCAGGGUGUCAGCUCCAGGGGAAGACUUGCUUUCUCUCUCUUGGCUCUGGAGGAAGGUCCUUCUCAUCAGUCUUCCCCAGGACUAGGAGCUUUUGCAUACAGGAACCUUGGGUCCAAAGGACACACUCUGCUCUUGGUACUACUUUCUUGGUGGUAUGAGGUCCCCACUCUCUGCUUGCUUCUAUUUUUAUCUCUUGAGAGAAAAGGUGGUGAAGGCCACACCUGGAAACUCCCUUUACAUUGGAUCAGGGCUGUGACCUGGGUAAGGGUGUUACAAUCCCAUCCUAACCCUCUUUAACAUAAAGUUACAAUUACAAAAGGGAGGACAGCCACACAAUACUGGGAAUCAUGGCCUAACCAAGUUGACACAUAUUUUGGGGGGACACAAUUCAAUCCAUGACAGUCCCCCAAUCAUCUUCCUCUGUGGACCUGGUUAGAGGUAGACCCAGCCCUGCCUUCUUGCAUUAUUUCUGUAGGGACAGGGUGGGCACCUUCUACCUGCAAAAAUCCUGCUGGGGACGUGGUUUUCACACAGCCCGGCUUAGUCAAGCCCAGGCCUCUGGCUUGGAGAGAUACUAGAGCUAAGUCUUUACUACCUAUACCUACCACAGGGCCCUCCUUACUUCUAUCACCCAGAAGCCUGUGGGGUGGUCCCAGGCAUGGACCAUAGAAAAAUGUACAUACGCUUCAAACACCUCUGCUUCCCUCCUGAUCACAACUAAUGUUGCUAUUGUUUGGGAUAAUGUUAAAUGAAAAGAGCAGACACUAAGUUAUAAAUCUAAACUGGUGAAGGAAAAGACCAUGAAAACACUUGUGUUAGAACAGUAAGUUUCUAUGAUUUCUUACUCUUUUUGCAAACAUUUUCUUUAAUGUUAUUAUUUUUACAAUUAAAAGUUAUGACAACAAAAGCACAAGCAGCAAAACAAAAUAGAUAAAUGAGACCUCAUAAAAAUUCUGUACUUUUGUUCAUCAAAGAACUUUAUUGACAAAGUGAAGAGACAAUCUACUGAUUCAGAGAAAGUUUUUAGGGACCAUUUAGCUGAUAAGGGUCUAAUAUCCAAAUAUGUAUAUAUAUUAAAAAGUUUUUCUACAACUUAACAACAAAAAGACAAACAACCCAAUUAAAAUAUAGGCAAAGAACUUGAACAGACAUUUCACCAAAGAGGAUAUACAAAUGGGCAACAAGCACAUGAAGAGAUGUUCAACAUCGUUAGCCACUACCUAGACCAACCCAACCUGUUUCCGUCAAGUCAGUUCUGACUCAGCGACCCUAUAGGACUGAGUAGAACUGCCCCAUAGUGUUUCCAAGGAGCGGCUGGUGGAUUCCAACUGCCGACCUGGUUAGCAGCAGAGCUCUUAACCAUUGCACCACCAGGGCUCCUAUAUCCACUACAAAAUCAAAACCAAACCCGUUGCCAUCAAUUCCAACUCGGCGAGCCUAUAGGACAGAGUAGAACUGCCCCAUACCAUUUCCACGGAGUGCCUGGUGGAAUUGAACUGCCAACCUUUUGGUUAGUAGCCAUAGCGCUUAACCACUAUGCCACCAGGGGUUUCUACCUAUAGCCACUAAAACCCCAAAACCCAUUGCCAUUGAGUCGAUUCUGACUCAUAGCGGGCCUAUAGGACAGAGUAGACUGCCCCAUAGAGUUUCCAAGUAGUGCCUGGUGGAUUCGAACUGCCAACCUUUUGGUUAGCAGCCAUAGCACUUAACACUACACCACCAGGGUUUCCUGUAGCCACUAAAAAAAAACCAAACCCAGUGCCGGCAAGUCGAUACCAACUCAUAGCCACCCUAUAGCCACUAAAAUAGCCUCUAGGGAAAUGCAGAUCAAAACCACAAUGAAAUACCACCUCAUCCCCAUUAGAAUGGCAAUGAUUAAAAGAAAAAUGGAAAACAACAGGUACUGACAAGGUUGUGGAGAAAUUGAAACCCUCUUCCAUUCCUGGUGGGAAUAGUACAGUUGCUGUGAAGAAGUACUUGGCAGUUCCUCAAAAAAUUGAACAUGGAAUUACCAUAUGAUCCAGCAAUCCCAAUCCUAGGUAUAUGCCCAAAAGAAAUGCAAGCAGGAACACAAACAGAAACCUGUACACCAGUGUUCCUUGCAGCACGUUUUACAAUACCCAAAGGCUGGAAACAAGCAGUAUGUCCACCGACAGAUGGACGGAUAAACAAAAUGGCUUAUACACACGAUGGAAUAUUACUCAGCCUUAAAUGAGGUAGUGGUGCAUGCCACAACAUAGAUGAACUUAGAAAACAUGCUGAGCUAAGUCAAUUAGAAAAGAACAAUUACAAAAUACCUCAUAUAGAAUAAGCAGAUAUAGAAAAUCUACGAUAAUUAGUGGUUACUAGGGGUGGGAGUGGGUAGAGAAGGAGGAAUUUUGCUUAAGGGGCGUUGAGUCUGUGUUAAUGGUGGUGGGAUAAUCAUGAAAAAUGGUGUCAUUGUCACUGAAUUGGGCAUGUGGAAAUUGCUGAAUUGGUGAAUAUUUUGCUGCGUAUAUUUUCUCCACAAUUAAAAACCCCUCAGGAAACGUGUAGCUCAAUUGGCAUAACAUAGUUUAUGAAGAAAAUAUUCUACAUUCUACUUUAGUGAGUAGUGUCUGGGGUCCUGAAAGCUUGUAAGUGGCCAUCUAAGAUACCCCACUAGUCUCACCCCAUCUGGAGCAAGCGAGAAUGAAGAAAACCAAAGAUACGAGGGAAAGAUUAGUCUAAAGGACUAACGGACCACAAGUACCACAGCCUCCACCGGACUGAGUCCAGCACAACGAGAUGGUACUCAGCUCCCACCACCAACUGCUCUGACAGGCAUCACAACAGAAGGUCUUGGACAGAGCUGGAGAUAAAUGUAGAACAAAAUUCGAAACAAAAAAAAAGACAACUUACCGAUCAGGCAGAGACUGGAGAAACCCUGAGACACCCAGACACCCUUUUAGCUCAGUAAUGAAGUCACUCCUGAGAUUCACCCUUCAAGCAAAGAUUAGACAGGCCCAUGAAACAAAACAAGACUAAAUGGGCACACCAGCGGGGGGCAAGGACUAGAAGGCAGGAGGGGACAGGAAAGCUGGUAACGGGAAACUCAAGGUCGAGCAGGGGAGAAUGUUGAUAUGUUGUGGGGUUGCCAACCGAUGUCACAAAAUAUGUGUAUUGUUUAAUGAGAAACUACUUUGAUCUGUAAACCUUCAUCUAAAGUACAAUAAACCUACUGCCGUUGAGUCAAUUCUGACUCAGCAACCCUAUAGGACAGAGUAGAACUGCCCCAUAGAGUUUCCAAGGAGCACCUGGCGGAUUUGAACAGCUGACCUCUUGGUUAGCAGCCGUAGCACUUAACCACUACACCACCAGGGUUUCCCUAAAGUACAAUAAAAAAGAAAAAGUAAAUAAAAACCCAUGUUGUUAGGUGCUAAGGAAUAGAAUCCAACUCAUAGCAACUCUAUGUAUGACAGAAUGAAAUGUUGCCCGGUCUUGCACCAUCUUUACAAUCUUUGCUAUGUUUGAGCCCAUUGUUGCAGCCACUGUGUCAGUCCAUCUCACUGAAGGUCUUCCUCUCUUUCACUGAGCCUCUACCAAGCAUGAUGUUCUUCUCCAGGGACUGGUUUCUCCUGAUAACGUGCCCAAAGUACGAGAAGUCUCAUCAUCCUAGGAUUGUAUAAUACAAAGAGUAAACCCUAAUCUCAAGUAUGGAUUUUAAUUAACAAUGUAUCAAUAUUGGUUCAUCAGUGGUAACAUAUGUACCAUAGGAAUACAAGAUGUUAAUAAAAGGAACAAUCUAAGAUACAUCUAUUGGUCCCAUCCUGUUUGGAGCAAAGGAAAAUGAAGAAAACCAAAGACAAGAGGAAAAUACUAGUCCAGAGGACUAAUGGGCCCACAUGAACCACAGCCUCCACCAGCUUGAGCCCAGAAGAGCUAGAUGAUUUCCAGCUACCACCGCCAACCACUCUGACAGGGAUCACAAAAGAGGGUCCUGGACAGAGCGGGAGAAAAAUGUAGAAGAAAAUUCAAAUUUGCAAAAAAAAAAAAAGACCAGACUUACUGG